AUGGAUUCUGUCUCUCCAGAAAGAAAGCCGUUGUUACCCUCUUCUUCACUUGUUAAUGAUGCAAGUAAAAGGAAGUACAAACCUUUCAACUGCUUCAGUAACUACUGUAAGGAAUUAAAGUCUCGUUCAUUAAGUUUACCAUCAAUCCUCCUACUGAUUUAUGCUCUACCAAUAGCAGUUAGCUAUUCAUUUUUUGAUAUCUUUUUCAGAAAUUUUUCCCGCAACCCAUACAACCGAUGUGAACCUGGAGGAUCUAUUGACUCUCAUACCAAUACAAUAUCGUAUAAUGUUGGAAUUAUAUUCGGAAAUGGUCUCUUUCUUUUUGCCCCUUUCUGUGGUUGGUUAUCAGAUACUAAGAUUGGUAGGGGUAAUGCUAUUUAUCUUGGUCUAUGGCUUGGUUGGAUAGGCACUUUACUCUGGGCUAUCGGAUGCUGUUUGCAAUACUUUUCAUGUGAUACUAAUGCACUUUUUGGGCCUAGUUAUGCAUUUUUUGGGAUAGCUUUUAUUUUUAUGUUAGUCUCAUUGUCACUCCUGUAUACUAAUAUAUUACCUUAUGGUAUAGAUCAGUUGAUAAAUGAAUCUUCUGUCAAGAUAAGAGCAUUCAUUCACUGGUUUGUGCUGUGUCUUUAUAGUUGCUACGUAUUUAUAGCUCUAUCAGAUGAGCUCAUUGUUUCAUUUGUGGCUUUUGCUCUCUUUUCUUUUUGUCUUUGCCUUCAUUUUUUCUUUAAGCAUCGUUUUGAGCACAUACCUAUUCCUAAUCCUUAUAAAAUUGUAUUUAAAGUAUUGAAGUUUUCUCUCAAAACUAGUCACACUAGAAGACAGCAUCGUAGUGCAUUCACAUACUGGGGAGAGGAGCCCAGUAGAAUGGAUCUUGCUAAGGAGAGGUAUGGUGGUUGUUUCUCUCAUGAAGAAGUGGAAAAUGUAAAGACUUUUCUUCGUAUUACUGUUGUUUUGGCCACUUUUUUUUCUCCAUUUGUUCCCAUUGUUUCAUUUUUAAACAGUUCCUCAGCUUUUGUUGCACAGUUUAAAAAUGGUCAUGAAGGUUUUGCUACAAAUAUUGUUUGGCUUUUAGGCAACAUCAUCCCAUUGUUUGUUCUGGUCCCUUUGUUUGAACUGGUUAUUUUACCUCUCUUCCCUAAAUUAGAAUAUUUCCUAAUUAGUCCAUUGAGAGGAUUUAUUUUGUCUAAUGUUGUCAUCAUAUUAUCAAUUGUUAGUGUUUUUCUCAUUGACUUUAUUGGAAGACUUGAUGCUGAUAAUGACUUCCUUAAACCUUGCUUCUUUGUAUUUUUAUCAGUCCAGCAAGCAUUUCAGAUUUCCUAUUGGAUAGUACUCAUACCAUCAGUAUUAGCUGGUACGUCAUUAUAUCUCUCUUAUACGUGCAUAUUUGAGUUCCUGUGUAGUCAGUCUCCUUUUGGUAUGCAUGGAAUGAUCAUUGGACUGUUCUGGUUUUGUAGUGGUAUAUUCAUUGACAUUGGUUCAGGCAUCUUAUUAUUUUUUUAUUAUUACCCUAUACAGUCCGUCUCAUUUAUGUCAUAUCUGUCAUGUACCUCAUGGUUUACUGUAAUAUUUGGCAUUUUUGCUGCGAUUGGAUUAGUUGUGUCUGUAUUAAUAGCUCGAUGGUAUGUCAAUAGGGUCAGGGAUACUGAUCUUGGUCUACGUGCAGCAGUAGAAGAACAUUGGGAGAACAGACUGAGGGCAGGAAAUGCCAUAAAUGAUACUGAAACAGAAGAUUUUACUAUUUCUAGUUUGAGAUGA